GCUUAGUUCAUAUUAUCACUGUGUUAUCAUAUCAAUACUAAAAAGCCACGCGUGUGCGACAUUCCUCUCAGCUCGCGACUUUGUGAUACUUCUGUGCGUACACGCGCGCUGACUUCCUGCCCUGGAGCAUUGACAAGAUGGCGGCGCCCGCUGUCAGAGGGUUGCUGACAGGAUGCAGGAGCGUGUGUCAGGUGCCGGUGCGUGUCUGUGUCAGGACCGUGGGCCACUUCUCCAGCAUCCUCAAUGGUUUGCCUAAAAGAACCAGUGGCAACUCUUCUGGGCCCAAGUGCUUCCACUCAUCCGCAGCCCGCAGGGGACUGGAGGACUUCUUUGAUGACCCGAAAAACUGGGGAGAAAGGACCAUCAAGACUGGUGACUUUUGGACGAUUAACCAACUGAGAUGCAAAAGUAGUGAAGACUUACACAAACUUUGGUAUGUGUUAUUAAAAGAAAAAAACAUGCUGAUGACUUUAGAACAAGAAUCCAAGCGACAAAGAACAUCUAUGCCAAGUCCUGAGCGGCUCUACAAGGUAACCAAGUCUAUGGAGAAUCUUGACGCAGUGGUUACAGAAAGGGAAGAUGCUCUUCGUCUCUUACAGACGGGUCAGGAAAAAGCAAGACCAGGAGAAUGGAGAAAGGACUGCUUUGGGGAAACAUCGUGGUAUAAGUUCAAAGAAUGGCCUAUACCGUGGUACAUGAACAGACGUUACAAGCAAAAGAAGUUCUUUGCGUUGCCAUAUGUUGAUCAGUAUAUUAGGUUAAAGACCGAGAAGGAGCUGCGAGCAGAGGCAAGACAGAGAAAUGCUGCGAAAGACAAGCAAUAUAAACUGGAGAAAAGGUUUCCACACAUCGCUAAUAAAUCUUAAAAUAGUCACUUGUAAAAUAAAACCUCCCAUAUUUCUAUUGCCGCAUGAA